AUGCCUUUCAGCGAGCUCAUCGGCAAGAUCCUGCACCUGCGGCGGUCCCGCUCGACAACCACACCGGCCACGAAAGAAGCUCCAGCAGCCCCAGCACGCGUGUCAGCCGGCCCAACAGGAGCGCAACGCCGGGCCAUCUCGGCGCAAGCGCCCCUCCGCGCCGCAGAAACAACGCUGGACUUCGAGCUGGUGAACAACACGACGUCCAGCACCGUGUACGCGUACAUCACAGGGCAAGCACUGGACAACAACUCGGCGCUCUUCCUCCUCCAAGCCGACGGGCAGACAGCGUACUACCCCAGCUCGCCCAGCAGCGUAGGCAGCGCCCUCUCGGCCGACUGCGCCAUCCCGCUCGGCGCGCCCGGCAGCAGCAAGAAAGUGACGAUCCCGCACCUGGCGGGCGCGCGCAUCUGGUUCGCCGUCGACGCGCCCCUCACCUUCCUGCUGAACCCGGGCCCGGCGCUCGUCGAGCCCGCCGUCACCAACCCCUCGGACCCCAACAUCGACACGACGUGGGGCUUUGCCGAGUUCACGUGGAACUCUGCGCAGCUGUACGCCAACAUCACCUACGUCGACUUCUUCUGCCUGCCCAUCGCCCUGACCCUCACCAACGCCGCGGGCAGCACGCAGCACGUCGCGGGCAGCGACGCCAACGGCCUCGCCACCGUCUGCCAGGGCUUGGAAGCCCAGUCCGCCGCCGACGGCGCGCCCUGGUCCUCCCUCAUUGUCAAGAACAGCAGCGGAGGGUACCUGCGCGCGCUCAGCCCCAACGACGGCAUCGUCACCAACAGCGCGCUCUUCCAGGACUACUACGCCCGCUACGUCGACAGCGUAUGGGCGCACUACGCGGCCGCGACGCUGAGCGUCGACACGCAAGCCUCGUACGGCACGCUGUCCGGGCGCGUCGACGGCGACGCGCUCGUCGUGGGCAACGAGCGCUUCGCGCGCCCCUCGGCCGCCGACAUCUUCAGCUGCAGCACGGGGCCGUUUGCGAACGCUUCGGGGUCCGCCGAGCGCAACGCGAUUAUCCCGCGCCUGGCGGCGGCGUUUAAUCGCAGCACGCUGCUGAAGGAGGAGGUGACGCCGGCGGAGACCAGUGCCAGCUACUACAAGGAAGAGGUCACGAACCAUUAUUCGCGGAUUGUGCAUGAGGCCAAUUUGGAUGCGAGGGGCUACGCGUUUCCCUAUGAUGAUGUUGCGCCGAAUGGGGGUGGGGACCAGAGUGGUAGUGUUUUUGAUGGCGCGCCCGUGCUGUUGAGGGUUGCGGUGGGGGGGAAUGGCGCUAGUGCGUAG